AGCCAGGGGUGGGGCUACAAGCAAAGCUUCAGUACAAGCUUCUGCUAUAGAGGAGAGGCAGCACAUGUAGCAGGAGGGAGCAGGAUCCCUGUCCCGCAGCUGGAAUCCUCAGGAAAAUAAACUUCACCAGAUCUUUAUGAGAUUCGGUUUAUCGGUUUACACGUUGCGACUCAAGCGUCGAUGGUUUCCACUUUGUUGGAAAUAAAUGUGGAUCGGAGAUGUUUGGGCUAUUGGUAUCCCGGAGAGGUGAGCUAUGAGGAGGGGAGCAGCGAGGAAUCUGUGAGACACACGGGGAAGAAAGGUGCAUGGGCUUGCUGCAUAUUGGGCCGCACUGUCAUACUGGGUUGAUCAGUCUUAUUUUAAAGUUUGUUGAACUCCACCCCCCACCCCACUUGCUUGGAACAUCAUGGACCCCUGCUUGACCUUGUUCCCCUACAUUGUGUUUCUGACUAUCCCUUUCCUUACUCCGUGCGGAGCUCAGAGCUGCCUCUCUAGUCUCACACCGGACAUGACAAUAGCCAUCACUGGGGAAGUAUUACAGACUGUACGUAGCACUGAUCCGCUGUACACUGCAGACGCUGAAGAAUGCGCGGCCGCAUGCUGUGCCGAACACAAGAUUGCAGGUCACAAAGAUUGCAACCUCUAUAUUUUUGACACUCGUAAGAUCCAAAAACAUCUAAACUGUUACUUAUUUCACUGCCCAACACCGGAAUCCUGUCCCUUAAAGCGGUCAAAGGGAGUCAUGAGCUUCCGGAUAUUGGCAGAAAAUGAAGAUGUCGUUAUGAAUAGACCGUCAAUCCAGGGGCCGGUUUCCAGCGAUCAAGGCAAAGAAGUAGAGAAGUUUGCAAGCAAGGGAACUGCCAAUGGAUCCCACUCACAAGGUGAUAAAAGCCGGAUAUCAGACCCCAAGGAAAACGCUCAGAGCUUAGAAACUGAGAAAUCUACCUUGAGUGCUCACUCACAAGGUGAUACAAAGGAUAGAGUAGACCACCCAGAGCACCCUAAAAGUUCAGAAGACAAGCAUCUUGGCUCUGAUGUACAGUCUCAGGGUGACACAAGCCAGUUCACAGACCCUGUAGAGCACUCUCAUAGGUCUGAUUCAGAGGACUCUGUUGUACAGACACUGGGGGAUACAAGCCAGUUUCCAGACCCUAUAGAGCAAUUUCACAGCUACGAAUCCAAGGACUCUGAUGUGCAGUCACAGCAUGAUAAAAGCAAGACAUCAGACCCUAUAGAAAACACUAAAAUCUCUGAAGACAGGCAAUCUGGCUCUGGUGCAAAGUCACAUGGUCAAAAACAGCAGAUAUAUCCUGCAGAGGACUCUCAAAGCUCUGAAGACGGGACAUUUGUACAGUCACAGGUUGAUAGAAGCCAACCAUCGAACCCUGUAGAAGAUUCUCAAAGUUCUAAUUCAAAGGAGUCUGAAGCAAAGUCACAAGAUGAUACUAAGCAGAUAUCAGACCCUACAGAAGACUCUCGAAGCUCCCAAAAUAGGAAAAUUGCCUCAAAUGUACAGUCACAGGUUGAUAGAAGCCAGCCAUCAGACCCUAUAGAAGAUACUCAAAGUUCUGAAUCAAAGAAGUCUGUAGCAAAGUCACAGGAUGAUACGAAGCAGAUAUCAGACCCUACAGAAGACUCUCAAAGCUCGGAAGCCAAUGAUCCUGGCUAUGAAGGUAAAACACGUCAGACCCCCAACCUCAAAAGUUCUUCAGACAUGGUUUCCGAAUCAGAGAUCAAGGAGUCCGACUUAAAAGGCCUUUCCAAAGGCUCAGCAACAAAGAUUCAGGUGGGUUCUACAGACAAGGAUCCAGAGAAAGUUCAGAAUCACAUUACUUCCCAGAUGAUUGAUUUGGCUAAGGAUAUUGAAAAGCAACUGGGUUUGAUGGAGUCGAAAGAAGACCCGUCCACUGAUAGGACCAGUCUCUCCUCUUCCAGUACCAACUCACACCAUAACGCUUCAGGCAGUGAUCAUGAUGUGGGGAUUCAAAAUGCCCCUUCUUUUGGGGUAGAUAAAAAGUCAGGCCAGGCAGACAGUAAAGUCAUGUUUCAUAAUCCCACCAAGUUCUUUGAGGAACAUCCCACCACACCUCCCUCUAACCUCAAAUCAGCCUCCCUCCAUCUGCUUAUCACCAAAGCACCUCAAGAUGAUUCUCAUUAUAUGGAACCUGCCAUUGAUCAGAUGCCGAUUGAGAAAGACAUUAAAAAUGCUUUAAGUUCCUCUAGGCAUGGUUCUCGUCUGUCAGAGGAACAUACUACCACAAAAGUCCUCAAAACUCUUCAUCUUACUAGUAGCACAAAGAUUCCAGGUACUACGCCUCUGCAUAAGCCCAGAACCCCCGUACUGGCCACUCACUCUGCCCCUUCCAAAGUUUUACCUGAAAGAAAAUCAAAGGCCACUACCCUGUUUCCUGAACCUGAAGUUCACAUGAGUAAAACCCUUAUGCACCCAGCCAGAGUUACCUUAAAGUCCUCUGAUCAUGCCAACCCUGAAUCCAGUCUAAAGGAAGACCAUCCCAUUCUUACCCAGCACAAUUCCCAGAGUGACAAAGCCAAUAAUCUGGAUACUCAUGGGGCUUUUGACAACUUCUUCUUAGAGGAAAGAAAUGGCUUGGUGGCAGCGCUGGUUUUUGGAGUGGUUUUCCUACUGGUGGUAAUAGGCCUUGUAGGCCGCAAAGUUUUCGAAGUGCGACGCCGGUACCAGUACAACAAGCUAGAUUAUCUCAUCAAUGGCAUGUAUGUUGAUACGUGAGGAAGUUGCUGGAACGGAUGGAUUAUAUGGGGUGCUUCCAUCCAAAAGACUGUUUUGGCCAAAAAUUAGCUUGGACCUUCUGUGACAACACAGAAGAUUGGGCUUUCUGGUGGUUACAUCACUGGAGAGGACAUGUUGUGAAUGUGAGGAGGGGCAUGCAAACUUGUUAUGCAACCUGCCCGUGGAGGUAUAAUGUUGGCCCAGAACCUACUUACAAAAUGGGACAUCUUUACUGAUUUGAUAUGUGUCAAAUAGUGAGGCAGGGCUAUUAACGGAUUUACACACUCUCCUUACUAUAGUAGCUCUCACUCACUUGUUGUUAGACGAUCAUAGCAGUGAGGCCCCUGACCAAUAAAGAAGACAAAAACAUUGUAAAUGUUA